ACAAUAGAUCUUGAUGUAGAGACCACACGUAUUUGACAUUUGGAUCUCUGGAUUAGUACCAUUAUAAUACUAGCAACUUUGAGUAUUUCACUGUGGUGUUCAGUUAGGGCGUGUACGUGUUUGGUUCCCAGCAGAUUUGCCUGCUCUUGCAGAAGCCAUGGAUGGGGUCACCACUCACCAGUACCACCAUCCCUCCUCAUUUGUUCCAAACCAGUGGAAAGCUAGGGUUCCGCCGACUCGCGAGUGGCGGGAGGGCCGGUCGUCCGUCAGCACUGCAUCCUCCCUCUCUUUCGCUAGCCGCCAUCGCUCUCUUCCACUGGUUCGCUCUCUCCGUCUCUCUGCUAUGCCCCUCUCUUUCGUCGACUCUUUCCGUUGAGCUCUCUGGUAAGGGCUAGGUUGUCUUCUCCUCCCUUCCUUCGAUUUUAGCCGAUUUGUUUGGAUUAGACCGACCGUGUCCCCUUCAUAAAUAUGCUAGAUCUACUAAAAGCUGACAUCUUUCUUGGUUGAUUUCGAUGGAAUGAAAUGUCUAGUGGCUUGCUUUUCAUUUUUCCUACACUUAUUCCUAUUUUUCCUGUUGAUUUGUGUUAUGCCAUUGUAUCUUUGGCUACAAAUACAAGUUACUGAUAAGGCCGGAUACAAUAGUGCCUUCUUUUAAAUUGAUACUGACAGAUACACACUUGAUUAAUAGUGCUUAUUUGUGAUGCAUAAGAACAGAUAUGCCCGCACUUGACCUUAUUCGAUAAGGUCAGGCAACCAAACAUGCCCUUUCUAAGUUUCUGUCUUUCUGUGAUCUUUCUCAGUAUUUUAUAGUUCAAAUGAUCUUAGCAGAACUGAGGCCACCUCUACACUUGAACUGAGCAGAAUUUAUAAGAGUACAUGAACAGAUUUUUCUACACUUGUUCUUUUUUUCGUGCUGUUAGGCUGGGAAAGAUGGCCAAUGAUGAUAUAUGCUGCUGUUUGUGAUGCAUGUGAAUAGAUUUUUGCUCUACACUUGUUCUCAUUUUCUUGCGGUUUCUUUUUUCCUACACUUGGUCUUAUUUUCCUUUUCCUUGUACUUUUUCUUUUGCUACAUUUGAUAGAUACUGGAAAGAACAGAUACCAAUGACAGUAGCUACUUCACAUUCUUCAUAUAUCUGAGGCCAUUGUUCUGCAUUUAUUUACCUGCUGGAAAUGAGGCUCAAUGAUGUCAAAUUUCUGCACAUAUUUGCUACAUUUUCGAGUUAUUGAUGUCAGGCAAAUACUAUCAAGUUCCUUGUUCAUCUUUUGAUAUCAACUGAUGUACUCAUUUUUUUAGGUAACCACACUUGAUUUUGACAUGAUCAAGUUUUUAUAUGAAACCGAUACACUCUGCACUUGCUCUUUUGGUAAAGAUCAUACUACUAUUAAGUGUUGAUGCUCUUGGAACCUGAUCUCUGCAACUCAGAUCCUGUACUAUUUCAAAGGUUUUCAUUUUGCAAGUCAUAGCAGAGGUUGACUCCACAUUACUCCCAAAUGGAUCAAGGGGUGGAUAAGAAUGUUAUUGAUAAUUCGCUAGUUUCAAACUGUGACUUCCCUGUUGUAAAAAAGUUGGACAAGUGUGUAAAUGAAGAAGCUUCUGUGCAAUCUCCCUUUGAAAAUAAGGACACAAGAUCCCUUGGCAUGGUAUGUGAUCAUGAAAAUAACAAGAGUGGUGUUGCUGAGGUGAUUACACCACCAGAGAAUGAAGCGAUUGAAUCAUAUAUCUCAAAAAGUGUUGCAGAUGAAGAUCCUUCAUAUGGAUGUCAGACACCGCGCGAAAGCAUCUUUGAUCCUUUUGCUCCAGGACCAGAGGAGUUAGCUUGUGCACCAAAGAAGAAGGUGACCAAGGCACCAGAACUUCCUUCGCGAAGGCAGCUAAGUUUUGAUUCAGGUGAUUACCCUGUUAAAAGGUUAAGUUUUGAAUUCGAUGAUGCUGAGGAGGAGGAUCAGUUUCUCGAACGGAUCUGCAUGAUGUUUAUUGAUCUGAUUAUCUCAAAUCAAGCACUAGAGACGACUGGAAAGGAUCUGAUAGGUUCUAAUUCACCUAGAAGCUGUGAGACCCCUUCUUCAGAGCCUCUACUUACAGGCAUUGCAGACACCUGCCCAGAUGCGCCACUGAGGCGACCUCUUAAAGCGGUACAGCUCAGCCCAAGCAUUUGUCGAAAGCUCGACUUUGAUUCAGUCAGUCCAAGGUGUUUAUUCGUUAAAGAGAAUAAGUGAUAUCUUGACACCCUUUUGAUCUGCCCAGGAACAGCAUUUUGGGGCAGUUUUUGGCUACCAAUUUCAGUUGCCCUGUGCCAAUAUGGUAACUUUGCUAACUGAAACAUGUAGGUAGUGAUGCUAAAGGAGUAGGAGGCAGUUUAAUAAGUUAUACAUGUAAGCUUUAAUCAGUCUUCCUUUUGGGUGGGUUAGUCAUAUACAAUUAGGAGUUGUGGUCUGUGACCACGUACCUUUUGUAAGUCUUAAAAUGGAUAGCUGUGUCUGGUUGAACUAGUGAGUCUGUUGCAGGUUCAUGAUGUGGAUCGUCUGAAUGCUGCUCAAUAGUAGUUCAUUUUUCUUUCACAAGAACUGUGAGAUGGUGUGCCGUGCUUAAAUGUUUUCAUUUAUGUGAUGAAUGCAGCGGAGUAGUGAAAAUCAUGAUUGAUAAUGUAAA